AUGGAGUGGGACAGCAGCAAUUCGGAUCUGAGCGGCGACGAGGAGGAGGAAGGCAGCUUCGGCAUCAGCGAUGGUGUCGGUCCAAUCCCUUUCCCCGUCGAGAGCUUGCUUCAAACCGCGCCCUGUGGGUUCGUGGUCACGGAUGCCCUUGAGCCUGACCACCCUAUCAUCUAUGUCAAUACUGUAUUCGAGAUGGUAACUGGGUAUCGAGCUGAGGAGGUGCUUGGCCGCAACUGCCGCUUCUUGCAAUGCAGAGGACCGUUCGCCAAAAGAAGGCAUCCAUUAGUCGACUCAUCCGUGAUCUCAGAAAUAAGGCGGUGCCUCGAUGAAGGCAUUGAAUUCCAAGGUGAGCUGUUGAACUUCAGAAAAGAUGGGUCACCCUUAAUGAACAGGUUGCGCCUCACUCCCAUAUAUGGUGAGGACGACAUAAUCACUCACGUCAUCGGGAUUCAGUUCUUCACCGAAGCAGCAAACAUUGACCUCGGCCCGGUACCUGGUUCAGUUAAGGUUUCAGCUAAACUUACUGACCACCUUGGUUCUCGACUCUCCACCUACUGCCCAGCCGAUCGAUCUGUUUGCCGCAGUGGACUUUGUGGCAUGCUGCAGCUGAGUGAUGAGGUGAUAUCUCUGAAGAUUCUAUCUCGGUUGACUCCUCGAGACAUUGCGUCGGUUGGUUCGGUUUCUCGACGGUUCUAUGAGCUGACCAAGAAUGAGGACCUCUGGAGAAUGGUCUGCCAGAAUGCAUGGGGAUGCGAGACAACUCGGAUACUGGAAGCUGUUCCAGGCGCGAAAAGACUUGGGUGGGGUCGGCUUGCCCGAGAACUAACCACCCUUGAAGCAGCGGCAUGGAGAAAGGUUACCGUCGGUGGUUCUGUUGAGCCUUCACGCUGCAAUUUCAGUGCAUGCGCAGUGGGGAACCGGGUGGUCCUUUUCGGAGGGGAAGGUGUCAACAUGCAGCCAAUGAACGACACGUUCGUACUAGAUCUCAACGCCAGCAACCCGGAGUGGGAACAUGUCCAUGUCAGCUCCCCACCACCUGGACGGUGGGGCCACACGAUAUCUUGCGUCGAUGGAUCUAAUCUAGUAGUCUUUGGAGGCUGCGGAAGGCAGGGUUUGCUCAAUGAUGUCUUCGUAUUGGAUUUGGAUGCCAAGCCACCAACUUGGCGGGAGAUCUCGGGGCUAGCUCCGCCGCUGCCACGAUCAUGGCACAGCUCAUGCACCCUUGAUGGCACAAAGCUGAUCGUCUCUGGUGGGUGUGCUGACUCGGGAGUUCUCCUUAGCGACACAUUUCUUUUAGACCUCUCGAUGGAGAAGCCCACUUGGAGAGAGAUACCAGCUGCGUGGACCCCGCCUUCUCGAUUGGGCCACACAUUGUCAGUCUAUGGGGGGAGGAAGAUACUGAUGUUCGGCGGGCUGGCAAAGAGUGGGCCCCUGAGGUUUCGUUCCAGCGAUGUGUUCACGAUGGAUUUGAGCGAGGAGGAGCCAUGUUGGAGAUGUGUGACAGGGAGUGGCAUGCCUGGGGCAGGGAACCCGGGAGGGGUGGCGCCCCCUCCUAGACUUGACCACGUAGCAGUCAGUCUUCCCGGUGGGAGGAUCCUCAUCUUUGGAGGCUCCGUGGCGGGCCUUCAUUCAGCUUCCCAGCUCUAUCUGUUAGAUCCAACGGAGGAGAAACCAACAUGGAGGAUUCUGAAUGUGCCUGGACGGCCACCAAGGUUUGCAUGGGGGCAUAGUACUUGUGUGGUUGGAGGGACGAGGGCUAUAGUGCUCGGUGGUCAGACCGGGGAGGAAUGGAUGCUUAGUGAGUUGCAUGAACUGGCAUUAGCAAGUUCAGUGAUUUGA